AUGUCUAGUCACGGUGGAUGGAGGCAAACUGCCCAUGGGGGAGAUGCAGCUCAAGGCGGACGUGGUCGCACUGACAGUGCUGAGGCACCCCGUAAUUCGAGCCCCCUGGGCUUCGUUGCGACAACGGGCCUUGCAAUUGUUGAUGUCCCAGCUUCUCCUCCUUCCUCCGCUUCGGUCUCUUCUCUUGCGGAGUCAGACCCCGAAGACGCCGCCGCUCGCGCACUCCUUCCUCAGCCCCUUCCCGUGCAGCAUGGCGUGCCGUUAUUUGUGCGCGAACGCAUCGGCGGGGCGAUGGCAAUGACAGAGUCUCGCGACCCCCGCCUCAUCCAGAUGAGCAUGGGCUUCCCUAUUUCCGUGCACCCCAUCCGUAUCCCGAACACGCGUGGAAUGUGGUCGUCUGCAUCCAGCACGUCUGUCGUCGAUGUGAAUUUCGUGCGCCUUGCAGGCAUUCUCCACAGGAUGCUACCUCUGCGCCUAGUUGACGAUGUCCAGCUCUCGGGUGUUUUUGGCGGCAACAUGAAGGUGUACGGUCGCGUUGAUGUGAGCUUUGAUGCAUACGGCUUCGAGUUCAAUGUGCCUUGUUGGGUCACUGAUCUUGGAUUCCCGGUGGAGAUACUUCUCGGAAGUGAUUGGAUGGUCAACAACGGUGUAGAGAGUACGUGGAGUGGAGGGGGGCCGAUAAUCACGGGAGCAAAUGCGAAGCGUGUGCGAAAUAUUCAAGACGUGUACAUUACGGAAUGA